GAUACUUAGCUAACUGUGGACCAAACCAAUGCACAGUCACUACCUACAUUUAUGGACUGAUCCAACUCAUUAGUACAUAAACAUAUGAAAUGAUCUCCUUCUGCUUGACCGAUUCCAGCCAGAUUUAAUAGGGUUGUGUAUCCCCCUUAUAUGUUAUUAUGUUACAUUUGAAACAAAUCUUUUAAGGCAUUUUCAAGUUAUCACAGGGUAAUAGUAGACCUCGACACGUUCAGACGAAAACAGGAGAUAGCCAUAUGGCUCUCCAUGUAAUCCUCUUUGCAUUCAUCAUAAUCCAUUUCAAAGUGACCACUCAGAAAGAAUCAGAUUCCUUUUUUCGUAUGGAUCAGCAAAGAUGUCAAGUGACAGAACCGGGGAGCGUUACUGGAUCCUAACAAUGGCUCGCUGAAUGGUUCUGAUUUGGAUCCUGAGGAUCAACCUUAUUUGUCUCCCUUAAGAAUGGGCCAAGGAUUGCAUGUUUGGAGAUGAACGACUAUGAAGUGUAUCUCUGAGCAAUGGGGAACUAGGUUACCAAUGCGGCUAUAAACCAGGUCCACAUUGUAAACGAGAAUGGAUCCAUCUGUGGCACAAGGUUACUCGGCCCCUCCAACCAGUCCAGAUCGGCGUUUCCCACCAGUGGUUCGAUCUCAUGCAGUCUCGGAAGUGACUCCAGCCAAGAAAAUAACCUUCUUUAAAAGUGGAGAUCCUCAGUUCAGUGGAGUAAAGAUGGCCAUUAAUCGUCGUAGUUUCAAAAGUUUUAGCGCCCUUAUGGACGACCUUUCAAACAGGGUUCCAUUGCCAUUUGGGGUUCGGACGAUUACUACUCCUCGGGGUACACAUAAUAUAAGCAGACUGGAGCAACUUCAAGAUGGAGGAAGGUAUAUCUGCUCGGACAAAAAGUAUGUACAACCCAUUUCUGGACGCAAAGUGGGGAAUCCAAGACCCAGUCGUCCAGUCAGUGCCCGAAAGCAAGGACAACAUGAGGAUCCAGAGGUGGAAUACUCUGCAGCUCAUUUUCAACAGGCCCCGAAAGUAAGGAAGAAAAUCGUUCUAGUGAAAAAUGGGGAUCCAACAAUAAGACGUUCUAUCAUUCUGAAUCGGAGGAAUGCUCGAAACUUUAGGACUUUUCUUGAAGAUGCCUCAGAUCUCUUGCAAUAUACUGUGCGAAGGUUAUAUACUGUGGAUGGAAGAAGAAUUGAAAAUAUAAAAGCGGUUCUGCAGUCCGCCAACAUCCUCAUCUGUGCAGGAAAAGAGCCCUUUAAGCCUAUCCAAACAGAAAAUAUGCGUAAAAGUAUACCUGACAAGCUACCGGGCCUCCGAUCUCAUCCAAGUGACAAUGCGGAGGUCAUGGACAAUAAGAAAAAUGCAAGCUUUGGGCUAAAAGCCAAAAAGAGUGUGAUCCACCCUCGGUCAGCAUCAAGCAAUAGGACAAGGCCCUCUCUGUCUUCUGAAAAAUCAUAUCCAAAUGGCUUAAGUAUGUCACCAGUGAACAGUGGCUUUGGCUCUUAUCCCAAUAUGUCUCCUCAUGGAAAAUCAGAAGACCCUGGACACUCCCUACUCAAUGAUGACAUCGAAAAAAAGGUUCAUGUAAACAAAGAUGGCAGCCUUUCAGUAGAGAUGAAGGUUCGGUUUCGUCUGCUUAAUGAAGAAACCCUACAAUGGUCCACACAGAUAAAAAAGUCCAGUACAAAGUGUGAACAACUUUGUUUAUUUGAUGAAAAUGAUAAAAUGGAAGAGAUGAAUACUGAAAACUUUACAGAGACAGAUGAAUCAUUCUACCCAUGUGAUGCUGAUUCGUGUAGCUCAAAGCUAAAUGAAGCCGGCAUAGAAGACAUGUAUUGUAGUCAUUGUGGAAUGCAAUGUCAAGACUAUGAUAUCUGGAAAAAUCCAAUGCAUGUCAACCAACAAGAGGACUAUGCGAAAAGAGCUACAUGGCAAACCCGGUCGUCUGCCUCAAGUGCAUCCUCACACCACAGAGUGAUGUGUGAUCAAAAGACAUCUAUUGAUAGUCUACAUUCUGUGUCCUCUGAAGAGUACACAGAGCAUAUUGUGCACAGGUCUUCACACUAUUCUGAAACCAAAGAAAAUGGAGAUGCAAUAGUUACAUAUUCAACAGUUAGUCGGUCAGAAAGUCGUAGUGGUCGGUCAACAGUAGUUUCAAAUGUAGAUGCAAUUUCAGAUACUGAACAAAGCAAAAAAAGCAAGAGCCGAAACAAGUCAUGUUCAAGCUUAAAGAGUCAUAAUUCUGUGAAGAAACAACAGUCUCAGCUGUCUGAACAGCAUAGUCACCGAAGUCUUGGAGGUAGCUUUGAUGAGUGUCCCGAAGCUUCGCCCACUCCCUGUUCUGAUGGUGAAAAUUGUAGCCAAAGAGUAAGUGUUGUUUCGCAGUCAUCAGUACAUUCGAAAAAGAGUCAGAGUGGAAUGCUGAAAAGAAAUAGCACCAACACAAAAAGCUUUUCAUCAAACAUUAGCUAUCAUGAAGUAGAAGAAGAAGAAAUGCACCAAUCUAGUUGUAAGGAGUCACUGAAGAAUACGCAAGGCAUGUCAACAGAAACAGGGAACUCAGAAGAUCCUUGUGGAAGUGAACCUGCAGAGGAUACAAAUAACUCGAAUGAUAAUGAAACGCAUGAUCAAAAUACUGAAAAUGCAUCAUGUACUGAUCCUAUAAAAUGUAGUCUUGAUUGUGAUAAGCAUUUCACACGUGGGUCUUCCAGAGCUUCAACUAAAUCCAGAUCUUCCUCUAGAGAAAGUGGGAAAAUUAAUGGACACAGUGAAGAUGGUACUUUAUGUAAAUCUCCUGGCUUAACAAAACAAAAUAGUGAAAGUGUAAUGAUAAAACAAGAAAGUAUGGAUACUUGUGAGAACAAUGUAAGUGAAAGCAAAGCCACCCUGUCUCAAUCUAAGAGAAAAUCCUUUACAGAACAUCAGGCCCAGAGCUUGCAAUCCACACGGUCACGUCAGUCAAUGUCAUCGGUGACUGAGUUAGUACAAACUAACUGUGUACAAGAUGAACAACAAACUCUAAACCAUCAGGAAAGUUGCAAUGAAUCGUUAACCUCUACAGAAAAAUCCGAUCACAUUGCAUGUACUGGAAAUGAAGAUGGUGAACUUAGUAUAGCCAUUUCGCGAGCAUCAAGUAAAUCCCUUAGUUCUAAAUUCAAUUGCAUCAGCUGUCAAGAAAAUGAACAAGUUUUCAAUGCUAGCUCUAGAGUGUCAUCAAUGUCUGAAAAGAAGAGCAUAGCUAAAAGUUCCUCUGAUAAGUCUGACCAUGAUGGAGCCAGAGAAAUGUCACAAGAGGAAGAGACAAUAGACGACAACAAGGUGGUUGCCGACUCAAAUUGUCAAACAGCAGCUCCUGACAUGAAUUGUAUACAUAGCCCAUCACCUCCUGAAGGAAAACCAACUCAUAAACAACUAAGGUUAGCACAGUUUAAAUUAUCUAGUACUAGUACAUCCAGUGACCAAAUGAAAACUCUGAAUGGAGAAAAAACAGGCAACUCAAGAGCUUCAACACCAGCAUCGAAAAAAAUACUAGCAUGUAAAGCCAGCACAGAGACCUGCAAGAAGAUGACAAAUCAUAAUAGUACCGAGGACAUCCAGAGUACCAAAAAACGUAAAAAUAGCUCUAGCUCUUCCAAGAGAAAACAUAAGGGAGAAUCUUUAGAUGGAGAUAACAAUGCAAACAGUCAGCUUGUUCCAUCUGCUUUACCAAAUGUGACCCCAGAGGAAGUAGUAAAUGAGUGGCUAAGGAAGAUUCCCUCCCAAACAAUGGUUGUUGAGUAUGAACUGGAGGAAAGCCAGAAAAAGGCACAGACCGAGAUAGGAACAGAAGCGAAUACAGACAUCUGUAAAAAACAGGAGGAAGGAGAUUUGCAUAAGGAACCACCAGCAGCAGAUCACAAUGGCAAUGAGGCUAUGGAAGAGAUAUCUCAAGAUGUGCAUUGUGGUAAUACUACUAAUAACAUUCACGAUACAAAUACUAUUGAUGAAAAAUAUUCUGAGGAAUCUGUUUUAUUGAGUAAGGUAGCAGCAAAUAAUGUUAAAAAUGAGUAUUCUUGUGACAAAAAGUCACUUCCAAACAAUAUACAAACGUCUGUGCAAAUAAUGAAGGCAUUGCUAACCCCCUUGCAAGAAUCAAAAUUUGAUCGUUCAAACAGUUUGCCAGAAGUAUCGCAGACUAUGGGAAGAAAGCUCAGUAAUUCUGCCACAGUCCUGAUAUCAUGCCUAGCGAGUCUACAGCUGCUAGAUGAAAGUCAAACAGAGAUCACAAACAAUGGAAAUGACUUAAAAAAACCCAAGUACAACAAGUUAUUAAACAUAUUACAGGCAUUGUGGACACAGAGUCCAACGAACAAGAGUAUCACAAAUAUUAAAUCUGGAAAACGCUACUCUAGAGAUGAUGAAUUAACUCCCGUUUCAUCUUCAGGAGUUGACCUGAAUAGCGGUUUUGGAGGAUCUGGUGAUGGAAGCAUAACUGGUGGAGGUGACCACAUGGUGGCAACUGGAAAGCCAGAAGAUGGAAAACCAUUUACAGUAGCUAAGGAAGUAGUAGUUUCAGGAGAACAUAAUGUAGCGAAUGGACAGGAAAAUAAAAAUGAGGUUAAAUCUUGCAUCAUGGAUGAAAACAUGAACGAGAAGAAGUUAGAUAGUAGUGACAAUACAUUUGAAGAAGAAAUAAAAGAAGAAACCAAAGAAGAAGGACAUUAUAAUUCAGUGAAUAAUGUAAAUGAUGUUGAGUGCUUAGAAACGGUAGAAGAACAUAGGAUAUCCAACAAUGAUAACAUCAAUAUCCUUAGCCACAGUGAAGAACCAAAAUCCAAUGAGUCCAACUCACCGGAGACAAACAACAUUAAUUCUCCGAGCAACUGCCAGUCAACAGUCAUCAUUUCUACAUCUGAUUCGAAUGGGAAUGGAAAUAACGGGAAUAAACAAGAACUUGAUGCUAAUCCAGUCUGGGUUCUGAAAUUGCUAAAAAAAAUUGAGAAAGAAUUCAUGACUCAUUAUGUAGAUGCCAUGAAUGAAUUCAAAGUCAGGUGGAAUUUAGAAGACAAUGAAAAUCUUGAUGAUAUGAUUGCAGAACUGAAAAAUGAAGUAAGUCAAAGAAUCCAGAGAAGCAUUUCAAAUGAACUCAAAAGAAUAAAAACUCAGGUAGGAACUAGGACACCAAGACCUCCACCUCAAGGCUCCAGACGCAAGUCUUCUUUGCAAGCAGAGGAACGUAGAAGACGGUUACAAACACUGCACAGAGUUUCUAUCCACCGGUAUGCAACUGGGGGAAACAGGGACGUUGGUACCAAUGACUUCUCAUGUGAAACCGAUGAAGAAGACUUAACGUUCAGUGCUUCAUUUGGAGAUGACAGCAUUGGACAACCCAAUGAUGACUUUUGCCCAUGUGAGAAAUGUAUAAAGCAGAAGAGGGCAUUAAAAUUAGCUAAACCACAAGUAGUUGCUGAAAAUGCCCCACUUAUUAAAGCAUUUGAUCUUCAACAGAUAUUAAAACUGAAGAGGCAGAAUGAUGACCCCAAAAAUGAUGUAAGUGAUGGUACAUUCCUUCCAUUGCUAAAGGAACAAAGCAAAGAAGCUGAACAAAGCAUAGCACCUUCAUUCUCACCUGACUGUCCAGCUGAGAAUGAAGAAGACAUCAAUGACGUAGAUGUUCUAUCUAAAGCUGAAGAAGAAAUUGAAAAAGGGAAAUCAGAUAUUCUCAGUGAAGACAGUGACAUUAGUAGUCGAGAAGUCAAGUCAGCAAUGGAUGAAGGAGAAUGCUGUGACUCAAGUAAUUUUCAGUCUAAUACAACACUUCAGGAAAAAGAAACUGAAAACCUGCAAAGCAUAGGGCCUGAGGAAGAUACUAAAAACACAUAUGAUUUAGAGGAAGAUCUGGAAAAUUCUCAUCCAGAUGUGUUGGAGACAAACUCUACUAUUGAAAAUGAGAUGGGCAUGGAAUGUCCUGAUGGAAAUACAUCAGUAUGUGAAGAGACAGUGAACAACGAUGAAUGUGAACCUUUGGAUGACCAAUCAACAAGUAAUCAAGAGGAAGUAAACGAGACUGAAGAAAAUGAAGAAAAGACAAAUGAGACAGAUGAAGGUCUUAUUGCAACAGAUGAAUUUUCUGAAGAUGACCACCUCGUCAAAAAUGAAACAACUAUCUAUGUCAUGAGUGCUGGAGAAGAUGUCCAAGAAGAAGGCACUGAGACUAUUGAGAACAAUGGCUCAAAUUUACCCAAAUCUUGUCUGGGUCAGUGCUCUCUCAUAACACAAAAUGGUUCUGCCGAAGAUGCAGAAACAGACUGCAAAGAAAAUAAUGUAGGCGAAACAUCACCAAAUGGACAGUCAAAUAGUUCGGGAAGCAAAAAGUCACAGAUGUAUCCUGAUAGCCCCUCUGAAGAUGAAGAUGGUGACUCUCCACGAGAUAGUCCUGUUGGUCUACCUAAAAAUGAAACUAAGGGCCAGGUGUAUGCGAACAACAUAGAAAGCUUUGAAGAAGGGGACAAUAAGUCAAAAAAGGGUACAGAUGAAGAUAUCAUUGAUCAAGAGGAUUUGGACUUCUAGAAAGAACAUUAAAGAUCAAAAUGAUCUUCUUAAAUGAGUCUUUAUGAUUUUAUGUAGAUUAUCCCUAAUUUUUAAUCUUCAAACUACUGAUAUAUGUUAGCUGAGUCUCCAAAGUGGAGAACCCUUUGAUCUUGGGGAACCAGGAAAGGAUGCCAGGAUGUGCAAUACGAGUAUUUUAAACUCUUUAGGAUGUAUAUGCUUCAUUAUGACAAGACCAUAGCAUACUGUGGAUUCAUCUCUAAAAAUAGUUUACGAUACACAUAAAUGUAUAGUAAUGUGCAUAAAAUGUUAAAUACUGAUCUACAGCCCACAGUCGAGCUUGUUCACAGCUGCAUUUUAUCCACCUUAGCCUGAGCUGUUAAGAGGUGUGUUGGUUAAAGGGGUACUCCGG